AUGAAUUUCCCUGAUUAUAUAGAUCAACUUAAUUAUGAUUCUAAUUCAAGUGAUUUAUAAUUUGAUUAAGAUGAGAUACCUAGUAAACAAUAAAAUAAUAGCAAUAAGAAUAAAAAACAAAUGCAUAAUACAAAGAAUGCUUAUAUAAAUAAAAUAUCAUCCUUGAUAAAAAUUGCCAAUUAAGAGUAAUCAGAUGAAAAGUAAUGUUAAAUUAAUAUUAAUAGAGUUGGUAAAAAGCAAGUUCCAAAUAAGAUUUAAAGUUAACUUAUUAUUGGAAGUUAAAAUGGUGAUAAAGAGGAUAAAUUGGCAAAGAAUAGAGAAUCAGCAAGAAAUAGUAGAAAAAGAAAGAAAAUCUAUUUAGAACUACUUGAAACCAAAGUCACAAAGUUAUCGGAAUAAUUAGAAAUAUUUAAAAGAGUAAAUGAAUAAACAACAGAAUUAGCAACAAACUUAUAGUGCAAAAUAAAUUAGGUAACAUUAUAUUUAUGUUAGAAAUAAGAUUAAGAUUAAAAUAAGAUUAUAUUGUUUUCUAAUUUACAAAACUCAGUUUAAAGUAAUAUUAAUGAAAUGAAUAUCGAUACAAUAAUAGAGUCUUUGAAUGUAAAUAUUAAUAGAAAUAUAAUUUAAGAAAAAAUUUGGAUCUGGAGCUUUAGAGAGAUAAUAAUAAAUUGAUCAUUAUUCUAGGUAAAUAUAUGAAAAUUGUCUAUCUCCAUAUUUAAAUUAUAUUAUUGGAGUAGCUAAGACUGAUUAAGAUAUUUUCUCAUCUUCUGACAUUAUGUCUGAACAUAAUGUAUUAAGAAAUUUAAAAUUAACUGAUAAACAAAGAUAAACACUUUAGAAAAAAUAAAAAAAGUUGCUAAGAUUUUAAAAUGAAUUAACUAAGUAAUUAUUUUCUAUUUUAAUUCUAUUUAUAGUACUCUAUCAUCCUUUUAAGAUAUUAAAAAUUAAGUUUAACUUGAAUUAGGUUCUUAUGGAUAAACUCUAGAAUAAUUAAGAAAAGAAUUGAAACCUAGUCAAGUGGCCAAAUUUUUAUUAGAAAUUGAAAAAAAGGAUAUGUAGCAUUAAUUCAAAGAUUAAUUUGAAAAAUGUUUUGGUUCAGAAUUUGAUGAAGAUGAUUCUUUAGAUCUUUAUUAAUUCAUGGCUGAACAUAAUUAUUGUAAUACACUUGGUAUUGAUAUACAAAAUACAUAUUAAAUUUACAAAUAGUCUAAUGAUUUCUUAAAAGGUAGAAUAGAAGUUGAAGAAUCCUAAUAAACAUCAACUAAAAUUGAGUGA